CACCUUCGAGUGUAACGACAGUCAGUGCGCACUGAGCACCGAGGCAAAGUUGUCAUGGAAGGUGCAACUCGUUACAGAUUGCUCUUUCACCUGCUUUUUAUUACUAUUUACAGCCUUAACGCAUAUGAAAUUCAGAUCACCAAACUCACAAAGAGAGCCGUAGUUGGAGAACCUUUCACCAUCCAAGUAGUUAUGUGGCAUACCGGAUCGUUCUCUGAAACGCUGAACGUUCGGAAUACCAGUGCUACGAAUCCUUCUUACAAGACGGUGUGCUCAAUACCAUUCACACACCCAACACUGCCUUCCUCCACAGGCAAUUAUGGUUUUAAGUGCGUGUGUGGGUAUACUGCGAGUCAGUUCAGGCUGGAAAUCAAUGUGACAAAAACAGCAGUUGACUUGUACAAUCGAAGGACGUGGAAUUUCCAAUUCACCAAGAAAGGUUACAAUGAAGAUAAGGAUAUAGGCGUUAUCUAUCCCUUUGAACUUAGCCUGAGGUUUAAGACGACAAGGGAAUCGGCUCCUGCUGAGAUAACCUGUAUUGCCACGCCCAAGACAACGCCCACCAACCUGACCAUUCACUGGAUGCGACAGUAUUGGGGGCACCAGUACAUUCAGGAGCGAGGGGUGAAGAGUAACUGGAAACUAGAUCUUCGUCUUGAUCGCGCCAGUUUCCAGGAUGGAGGACGAUAUGAGUGUGUUGCUAGCACAGGGGAAGAGGCGUCAGAUGGGAGUGUCAACCAUACCGUCACUGAGCAGGUGCCCGUCCAGGCUGCACCACGCGCUGACCACGCCCACACCACUGUGUUGGCUCACCAGGGAGCGAAUGUUGUCCUGACUGCCACAUUCCUCAACACGUCUGACGUCACCGUACGCUGGUCACGUGACGGACAGGCCCUCACAGACCAACAACCCGGCUUGGAAACUGAAGAGAGAGUGUACCGAGUGUACGGCAAGAAUGUGACGUCACGGGGUAUUCUGACGCGGCUUCACGUGAGGGUUGAUGAUCAUGCAUACGGACUGUAUGACGUCACGGCAUGUACUCAAGGUGGCUGUGCAGCUACAACCAUAGGUCUUACAGCUGAACCACGAAUUGAACCGCCAUCUGUCCCUGUGAACUUCCGCAUCGCAGCUCCCCUCCCUGCCGGAGCGUUACUGAGUUGGGAGUCGGGGCACAAUGGCAGUAAGGGCCGUGGGCAGCCGCACAUGUUCUAUGUGACCUUCAGAAUGUCAGGUUUGUCAGGAGACGAGACCUGGAACUUCCGCCCCGUGAAAAGUGUUUGUCCCCUACUUCCGGUGUACUAUCUCCUCUCGAACCUGCGCACUGACACAGGAUAUGACGUCAGAGUUCAAAGUGUUACUACAGUUGAUGGCAAGGACUACAACAGCCCUUUCACUGAGGAACUUCACAUACAAUUCCAAGAAUCGCAAGACCUGGCCAAAGGUAUUGGGAUCGGGUCGGCAUCAGGCGUGUUCGUGUCCAUACUCGUGGUACUGAUGGUCCUGGGAUUGAAACGAGCACGAAAACGCCAUAGACCUGUCAAAGCUACGGAGGAAAGAAGGGAUGUUCACAAGAUGGACGACUCUGUAGCCGGUGGCAAAGAUGCUGCACAGCCUUAUGGGAACAUGCCGGCGCCGAGGAAGGGAGGCAUUACAAGGGCGACCCCUCCCCUGCCUCCGGGAAGAGGAACCACACCCAAUGAAGUGUAUGAUGCUCUAACGGACACCCGCGAAGAAAUGUAUGAUGGUCUACAAAUAUACGAGAAUAAAUAAACACAGGCAUAUUCAUUAUUGCCCACACGCCA